AUGGUGAAGAAAACAACAACUAAAAAGAAGGUGGUAGCCUCAACAGGUGCAAAGGCAGGCUCAAAGGGAGCUAAGAGUCCAUUGUUCGAGAAGAAUCCUCGCAACUUUAGAAUCGGAGGAGACAUCCAACCAAAGAGAGAUCUCACUCGCUUCGUCAGAUGGCCUAAAUAUAUUCGCAUCCAGCGUCAAAAGAGAAUUCUUCUUCAGAGACUCAAGGUGCCCCCCGCUCUCCACCAAUUCUCAAUGACUAUCGACAGAAACCAAGCUUCACAACUUCUUAAAUUACUUGCAAAAUACAAGCCAGAGACCAAGAAAGAUAAGAAGGUCAGACUCCAAAAGGAAGCUGAAGCCAAGAAGGCUGGUGGUGAUGCCAAGAAGAGUGCUAAGCCAUACGUCUUGAAGUUCGGUCUUAACCACGUUACCACACUCGUUGAAGAGGGUAAGGCCAAGCUCGUUGUUAUUGCUCAUGAUGUUGACCCCAUCGAACUCAUGGCUUUCCUCCCAGCUCUCUGCAGAAAGAAGGGUAUCCCCUACGCUUUCAUCAAGGGAAAGGCAAGACUCGGACAACUUGUUCAUCAAAAGACUGCUACCUGCGUUGCUGUUACCGAUGUUAGAAAGGAAGAUUACCAAGAUCUCGAGACCCUUACCAAGAACUUCAGAGCCGCUUUCAAUGACAACGAUUCACUCAGAAGAAACUGGAGCACUGGUGUCAUGGGUAUCAAGAACCAACACAUGAUGGCCCAAAGAGAAAGACUCAGAGAGAUUGAACUCCAAAAGAAAGCUAACAUGUGA